UGCCAACUUCAAGAAAGAGGGUGGGUAGUCUUCAGUUUUCACCAUGGGCCAUCUAUCUCUUUCACAAUCCCCAUUUUUCCGAAAUUUUUUUGUCUUUUUUUAUUUUAUUAAUUACAUUCCCCCCUCUUCUCAACUGGGGAUUAGUUUCAUCCAAUCUGUUGCUGUAAAUUGAGUUUAUUUUGAAUGAGUUGUACAUUUGUAACACGCAGGACAAACAUUCAUACAAUUUGUUUCUUCUCUUCUCCUCUGUUACUGACCCCUCUUCGUCUCUUUCUUCUAUGACUAAUAAAUAAUCAUUCAUUUGUUUUACCUUACCUGUUUUUUAGUUUCUUUGUUAAAUUUUUGGAUGCUUAUGACAUACUACUACUGUACUUGUACUGCUACUUCCUUGAGAGAAAUCUUCACCGAAAUCUCACCGCUAUUGCCUUCACAUUCAACCGAACUCCCAGCUACUGUGUUAUGAGGAAGAUCGGCACAUCAUAAAUCUUUCAGAUUUGACAUGUGAAUUGAAUGACAGGAGAAUUACUAGGGUUGUUUCCGCUGUUUCAUUCACAAUGACUACUAAGCGCGCUUAUAAGCUACAGGAAUUUGUAGCACAUUCUUCUACCGUCAAUUGUCUCAAGAUUGGAAGGAAGUCAUCGAGGGUUUUGGUCACUGGAGGUGAAGAUCACAAGGUCAAUCUCUGGGCAAUUGGUAAACCCAAUGCCAUUCUGAGUCUGUCUGGACAUACAAGUGGAAUUGAUUCUGUAAGCUUUGAUUCUUUGGAAGUUUUAGUAGCUGCUGGAGCGGCAAGUGGUACAAUCAAGCUUUGGGAUUUAGAAGAGGCUAAGAUUGUUCGCACACUUACUGGUCACAGAUCCAACUGCAUAUCUGUGGACUUCCAUCCAUUUGGGGAAUUCUUUGCAUCUGGCUCUCUUGACACGAAUCUUAAGAUAUGGGAUAUUAGAAAGAAGGGAUGCAUCCACACUUACAAGGGCCAUACCCGAGGGGUGAAUGCCAUCAGAUUUACUCCAGAUGGUCGUUGGGUUGUAUCUGGAGGAGAGGACAAUACUGUUAAGCUAUGGGAUCUCACUGCUGGAAAGCUGUUGCAUGACUUCAAAUGUCAUGAAGGUCAGGUUCAGUGCAUUGAUUUUCAUCCUCAUGAAUUUCUGCUUGCAACAGGUUCAGCUGAUAGGACUGUGAAAUUUUGGGACCUUGAAACAUUUGAGCUAAUUGGUUCAGCUGGCCCUGAGACCACUGGAGUGCGCUGUUUGACCUUUAAUCCAGAUGGGAGGACCUUGCUUUGUGGAUUGCAUGAAAGUCUGAAGGUUCUCUCCUGGGAACCAAUAAGAUGUCAUGAUGGUGUGGAUGUGGGAUGGUCAAGAUUGUCAGAUCUUAACGUUCAUGAGGGCAAACUCCUCGGCUGCUCAUAUAAUCAAAGUUGUGUGGGAGUGUGGGUUGUAGACAUCUCGCGCACAGAGCCAUAUGCUGUUGGCAGUGUUACCCGUUCAAAUGGCCAUUCAGAAUCUAAAUCUAGUUUAGGUGGGCAUUUAUCAGUACUAAAUGAGAACACUGGAAAGGCUGGUCUGGGAAGGUUAUCUGUUUCACAAAAUUCGGAUCCCUUGGUGAAGGAAACAAAAUCACUUGGAAGGUUGUCUGCUUCUCAAAAUUCAGAUCCUGCUAAGGAGUCAAGAAUAAUGUCAUCCACAGGAAGUGUACCUAGUACCCCUCAAAGGGUCAAUUUAAAUACAUGUCCAAAGACAAGUGUGGCCUGUUCUGUGACAGCUCCUAUUGCAACAGUCCCUAAGAGGAACUCUACAAAGGUCAACUCAACAUCCAAUGUUUCAGUCUUGAACAAGUCUGAUAUUGUACCCGUAAUUGUUCCUAGAACAAAUACUAGGUUUGAGCAAGCAGCUGAAUCCAGAAAAGAAGUUGACAUUGUUGGAAGAACAAUGCCAUUUUCUUUGCAAUCUAAGACAGCUGAUCUCCAUAAGUUUCCAAAGAGUGGAUAUGAGGUUGACCAACCAACUCUCCCUGUUUUCUCUGAAACCACGGGCUCCAAGGCUUCUGAAUUGAAUAGCAUUGCAGAUAGGAGUACCUUCCCUGCAGCUAAAGGUUCAGUCCAUGGAGUGUCUGCAGCUGAAGGGAACAUGAAGGAUGAUAGGUUUAUCGCAUCUGGUAAGAGUGAAUCAAUGUCAAUGUCUGAGUCUACUGCUGGCUACCAGGAUGAAAGAUAUGAUAAUUUGGGCAAUAAAUCAACCAGAGAUGCUUUUCCAGUGGAAAAAAGAGGAAGAAUGCAUUCAAUUGUCAUGAAUUGGGAGCAAAGAGGAAGAUCCCCUAACUAUGAGGCAGUGAGUUCAAGUAUUUCCCGAGGGACAGUAUCUACUGGAAGUAUGCCUCCGUUAAAUGUGCUUAAUCAGAGAGGAUAUACUCCAUCUGUUGAAAAAGAAAUGGUUUAUGCUAUUGAUGAGGAUGCUACUGCAGAUGUAAUGGAACCGCACGAUCAGUUUGUCAGCUCUAUGCAGUCUCGUUUGGCUAAGUUACAGGUAGUUUCUAGAUACUGGGCAAGGAACGAUUACAAGGGGGCCAUUAGUGCUGUGCAAAAGAUGGCUGACCAUGCUGUCCUUGCUGAUGUAAUGAGCAUUGUGACAGAUAAAAUUGACAUAGUGACGUUGGAUAUUUGCACUUGUCUUAUCCCUCUUCUUUCAGGUCUUCUUGAAAGUGACAUGGAUAGGCAUUUAAGUGUCUCUCUGGAUAUGCUGCUUAAGCUUGUUAGAAUAUUUGGUUCGAUGAUCUAUUCAACAUUGUCAGCAUCAACAUCUGUUGGCGUUGAUAUCGAGGCUGAGCAAAGGAUGGAACGCUGCAAUCUCUGCUUUAUAGAGCUGGAAAAAGUCAAGCACUGCUUGCCAACUCUGACCAGAAGAGGGGGUUCUGUGGCAAAAUCGGCUCAAGAAUUGAGUUUAGCACUCCAAGAAGUUUCAUGAGUGAAAUCAUGGUGAGUGGAAUUGAAGGCCGGGAAUCCUCCAUGUACAUUGCUUAGUGGAGGUAUUAACUACCACUAAUUAACUUAAAAAAAUACAGAGGCUAAAUUGUAGCUGGUUGCUGCACGGUUUUGGCAACUAUCAACUCUGUUCCUGCUUGCCGAAAAUCCAUCCACUACUAUAAGUCCUUCUAACCCAAUGUGUAGCUCAUCCAGAUGUAACUUUUUGCGUGUUUUCCACCAUUUAAUUAUUGUUUCCAACGUGGAUAUACAAAACUCCUAACACAUGGAGCCUUCAACUUUGAAAUAUUAUUCAAAAUCAUUAUUAUUGGCAUCUAA